UGUCCCAUUUCCAAUUGUCCUUAAAGAUGUCUGAAUUUCCCUUAUAAUUUAAAAGGAUGAAACAUAGCGAAGAAGAGAAAGCUGCCAUACUUGAUCACUGACAAGCAUCUCAUCCAAGCUACAAUGUCAGACUGUUAGAGAUAGCGUGGGUCUGACUCCACAGCCACACAGAACAGGUUGCUAAGGCCCUGGAUCUUUUUCCUCGUUGGAGGGCCGUUGUACUUUUGCAGCCAUGAUAGCGUCCUGAGGUGAACUAAGGAUUUCUUUCCUUGCUGGCUUGGGGCUUCCCUGGGAGGCAGGAGAAACAAUUGUGGGCUUUGUCACAGAGAACUCCAUUUCUGUCCCUCCCUUUGAGGCCUGAAGCCCUCUUGGCCUAACCUGUCGUUCCUCAGUCUUUUAGGCUUUCAUUGGGUCCCCUUGAAGAGCCUGUCGGCUAGGUCUUUGAUGCCCCUUGAGCAAAAACAAGUGCCCUCCCCCAUCCGGCAACCCGUUUGCUGUCAGAAUUGGACUUUAGCUACGGUCCUAGGUCAUCACAACAGGACAAACAUAGUAAGAAACCUGAUCCCUUUGCCCCCCUUCCACCCACAGUUUGCGCAGAGCUCACAGCCAAACAAACUUAUUUUGAACACUGGGAUCCUAGCACGCUGCCCUGAUAAUCAUUAACGUGUGCCCUCGAGCCAGCCCUUCAUAAGGCUCUGGGUACAACCAGCCAGCAUCGUCCACUGCCCGCCACCACACACUCAGCGAGCACUGAACACCGCGUACGGCCAUCUGCCCAGAGAGCUGUGACCACCGGCUGUUACUACCACUUACCCAGAGAGUUGUGAGCACCGGCGCCACUGCUGUCUACCUAGAGGCUCUCAUCCACUGCCUGCUGCACUGGGCUGCGAUGCCUGAGUUCCUAGCUGUUGCUUCUUGGCGGUUCCUGAUCCUUCUAGCCUUCCAGGCUGGCGUGACCACCGGAGUCCCCCAGCCGUGGCGUUGUGCGCCCUGCACUGCUGAGAAGCUGGGCCUCUGUCCACCCGUGCCUGCUUCGUGCCCUGAGAUUUCCAGGCCUGCAGGCUGUGGCUGCUGCCCGACAUGUGCCUUGCCACUGGGCGCCGCUUGCGGUGUGGCCACUGCACGCUGUGCCCAGGGACUCAGCUGCCGUGCACUGCCGGGGGAGCCUCGUCCCCUGCAUGCCCUCACCCGUGGCCAGGGAGCCUGUGUACCAGAGCCCGCUGUACCCUCCACAAGAACCUUGUCCAGCACUGAGCGCAAAGACAAAGAAGCAAAGACUGCUGUGGCCCCUGAGGAUGAGGUUCCCGAGAGCCCAGAGAUGACCGAGGAGCAGCUGUUGGAAAGCUUCCACUUGAUGGCCCCCUCCAGUGAGGACCGGCCCAUCCUGUGGAAUGCCAUCAGCACCUACAACAGCAUACGGGCCCGACAGAUCGCCGACCUCAAGAAAUGGAAGGAGCCCUGCCAACGAGAGCUCUAUAAAGUGCUGGAGAGAUUAGCUGCAGCUCAACAGAAAGCAGGAGAUGAAAUCUACAAAUUUUAUCUGCCAAACUGCAACAAGAAUGGAUUUUAUCACAGCAAACAGUGUGAGACAUCACUGGAUGGAGAAGUGGGUCUCUGCUGGUGUGUCUAUCCGUGGAGUGGGAAGAAGAUCCCUGGGUCUCUGGAGAUCAGAGGGGACCCCAACUGCCACCAGUAUUUCAAUGUACAUAACUGAAGACUUCCACACACGCUCUCUCACACAAGAUAUUUAAGUAUAUAGUAUAUUUAUAGUCCGGAGCACACCAUUUUAUAUAUGUGUAUAUGUAUAUAACCAGGAACUACUUUUUAUACUCCACAUACUGCUUGAUAUAUAAAGUUGGUUCAUAUUUAUUCACUGUAACUUUAUGUUUUUCUACACAGUUACUUGUGCUAUAUUAAUUUAUAUACCAUGAAGCGCUUCUCAUCACCGUAUAUGUAAAUAUUGUGUCUCAGCUCUUCCACAGUCCAUUCUUCUGUUUUGAAAGGGCAGCGUGCUACUGCCUAGAACAUGCACAAGUCAGUCUGAGGUAGGGCCUUCUCCAGUGGUCUUAAGGAGGGGAGUCCGCCAGCGAUCUGCUCUCUGCAGCCACGGAUCUGGGUCUGAUGCCCGUUUGUCGGGGCAAGUUGAGAUGUUGACUAUGUAAUCAAAGCUAAGUGUGGAAA